AAAUUACGAAUGUUAUUCUCAGUGACUGAUGGAGAGAACAGGCGAGGCUUCUGGUUAGUAAUUCGAUGGCCGCGCACUGUAUUAUUUUGAUUUUGAGCAAAACGUUACUUUGGAGUGAAAUUUGACCUUAACCAGUGCUUCGGAACAGCACCGGAAUUCUAGCGACACCUUUGUAGGAGGAUAUCAUGGCCUCUCGAUCGGAAUCAGACUCGCAAUUUAGUAAAGGACUUUCUGUUUUUCCCGUUCAGUUAAGGCCUACACUAGCGGCGGUUUGGUAGUUCGGUGAAGCGGGCACCCGACUUGAAAGGAGCGGGGUUGUUUGUGUGAGUUUGAAAUCUGAAAUGCAGGCGGUGUUUUGAGAUAAAAAGAGAUGCAGAAGCAGUGCAAAUAUCAUACAGUGUGUAAAUGUUUGUCAAACAUAGCUAUUUUCCUCACAGGGCUUGUUAGAUAAUAUUAGCUGGCUAACGUUAGCUUCAAAAUUAUUGUUAGCUAGCUGUUGUUAACAUUUGGCUAACUUAGCAAGGGGUAGCUAACGUAACAAACAAGCAAGCUGCAAUUUGAUGGUAAUGUAGAUGGCUGCAAAGUGAUUCGCCAAGUAACUAGUUACAUAUGUCUUUGACUUCCUAGCACGUAGUCGUAGUUCAAUAAACAAUCGGUUGCCAUGCUAACGUUUACUUUCAGCGUAUCUGUCACAUAAGUUGGCUAAAUCGCUUGCUAUUUACCUGAGCUGUAAAUGCAGAUAGCGAACAAAACAUACUUAGGCUACCAUUUAGCUAGCCCACGUUAGCCUUUUAAAAUAGUAACGUUAAAUUGGUUUGAAAUGCAGUUAAGAUACUGUUAACAUGUAGUUAUGUGCAAGAUGUGUUUUAACUGUUAGCUGUAAUAUUAAAGGUUAACGAGGUUGGUUACUACUUGGCUGUUUAGUAAAUGAUGCUAGGUCGUGACGUUUCUGAGAAUAACUUGUCAAGCAUCACUAAUGUGAGGUGAUUUUCUUUGCUAGGGCAGAGCAGUAACGGAUAUUUGAUUCAUUAGCUAAUGUUGCCAUCCAGCAAAGUUACCACGACAACUGUGUAGCUAGCAUUCUACGUUGGACCUAGUAAGUCAGCUGUUAGCUAGAUUUUUAACUUUACCACUUGCUGUUCCGCCCCCCUGUUCACUUAAUGAUGAUGACAACAACUCUAACAAGCCAGUCAGUAACUAAUCAACCUGACUGUCACUGAUAGCUAGCUAUUACGGAUAGCAUAACAUUGUUGAGGUACAACUCGCAAGUGAUGACACCAGUAACAAGCAGGUCACCUGCUGCAAGUGCUGUUCACUGGACAGCCCAAGUCAAAUGCAAAGAGCAAGAGCAAUAUAAUGCUUUAGUGUGCUGACGUUCUUUGAGCAAUAGGCUAACUUUCAUCGUAAUAAGAUAACUUGUAAUUAAGCUUAAUCGGAAGUGAAAAGAAAUUAACUUCAAUUUUCUCACUAAGUUGUUUUGUGGGUCCUGAAAUUAAGUAAAACAUUCUCUUUUUUUGUGUCAGCACCGAACUUUAUCCAGUGUAUUCAAUGUCAAGUCGUCACUAUAUAUAUCUUGGAAUAUAACAUGAGUAAAGUACAACGACACCCUUGUUUUUGAUAACUUAAUAUUCUUGAAACUUUACUGGUGUCUGUUCUCAGCUUAUUGUGAAUUCUGCCCAUUUGUCAGAAAUAGCAUGGAUCCAGAUAGUGAGGCAGACUCACAACGUGCUCUUAGUCUGCAAUGGAAGAGCUACAAGCUUCUUCAGGACCCGACCAUAAGGAGGGUUGCCCAGAAAAUCUACAGAUACGAUGGAAUUCAGUUCAGCGUUCCAGAUUCAGGUUUCCCACCUGUUGGGGAGUUACGUGACCCCCGACCACGCCGGAUCUGGUCCAGACAUACUGAUAUGGUACUACCAUUGCCCAAAUUUAAGCUGGAUGAGUACUAUGUGGGGCCCAUCCCACUUAAGGAGGUGACUUUUGCUCGUCUCAAUGACAACAUCAAGGAGCCCUUUUUGGCGGAGAUGUGUGCCAAGUUUGGUGAGGUGGAGGAGAUGGAGAUCCUGUUCCAUCCGAAGACCAGGAAGCACCUAGGCCUGGCACGGGUGCUGUUCACCAGCACUAGGGGGGCAAAGGACACAGUCAAGCACCUGCACAACACCUCGGUCAUGGGCAACAUUGUCCAUGUUCAGCUUGACAUUAAAGGCCAGCAGAGGAUGAAGUACUAUGAGCUGAUAGUAAAUGGCUCAUACACCCCACAGACAGUACCCACCGGAGGGAAAGCCUUGACAGAAAGAUUUCAGCCACCUGCCCCUGCCCCGGCCCCUGCCCAGCCAGACACGUCCUCAGAUAUUAGACGGCGGCUUUCAGCCGAUCAGUUGACGAUGCCCUCUGGCCCACCCGUGCCCCCCGUACCCCCCGUCAACCCUGGUAGCACCACGCCGGGUUCUGCGGAGACAGGCUUUGGGGAUCAGCGUUUGGACAAUACCCCCUCUUCCUUGGGUGGGCCGUAUACGCCAGGCUCCACAUCCUCCCAGGGGGGGACUCCCUUCACCCCUCGCUCUGGUACCCCUUUCUCCCAGGAUUCUGGCUUUGGUGUUGGAAGGCAUGGUGGUUACAGUGGGGCUCCUAUGGGAAGCGGCUUCCCACCACAGGACAUGCUCCCUUCGUCCUCUUGUUCCUCCUCAGCUGUCUCCUCCUCUUCGUCACUGGGAGGCUACAAGGGGUCUCGUUACCAGGACGACCCCCACAUGCCCCCUCAGGAGCCACCAAUGUUUCACAGAGGUCGUCCUGGCUUCCCACCGUCCGGUCCUUUCCGCCCUAACGAGCCACCCUGCUACCCGCCUUACGCUAACCCUGGAGGCCAUCACAUGCCACUUCACCCACCCAUGCCCCCACCUUCACAAGUCCCCCAGUACGAGCAGCCACCCACGUUGGACCGGGACCGGGACCGAGACAGGGACAGAGACAGAGACAGGGGGCCGGGGAGGGACAGGGACCGAGACAGGGAACGAGACAGAGACUCGGGUGGACGAUAUGGAGGUAUCAGCUCCCGCCGUGGCUCCUAUCAGCACCCGCAGGAGGCCAACACUUCCUCCACCUCCUCUGCUUCCUCUUCCGCCUCAGCCUCAGCCAAAUCCGCAUAUCAUUCCCACCACUCGCACCACGGGCAUCAUGGGGAGCGGCGGGGCAGCGAGGACCGGGAACGGGAACGGGGCUACAGGCGGGACAGCGUGGGCUCGCGUUCGGGGGACCAUGGCCAUCAGAGGCAUCGGAACCACCACCACUCCCACAACCACCACGGGGCCAGCCGGAGGCGAGACAGCCGGGACCGGGAGCGCGACUGGGAGCGCGACGGGCCCGACUACGCCAGCAGCUCCGACCCGCGCUACGGCAACUCCUCCUCUGGGCACCACCGCUCCUCCAGCAGCCUGUCGCCUCCCUACUCCUCCACCUCCGCGUCUAAAGACCAUCUCCCACCACCCAACCAUGAACCCCCUAGUUCUUCUCGCCUGGACCCUCCCCCCUCUCGUCUCGGGGACCGGGGCCUGGGAAGCUCCUCUGACGGCGACUUCCGGGGUAUACCGCACCACACUCCCCUAGCCCCUCCGACGGUGCCUCCUCCCCCACCUCUGCCUCCUGCGGCGGUGAUCGCGGCUGCCGUGGCGGAGACACUGGGUGCGCUGGACUUUGGUCAGGACAGCCCGGCACGGGAGGAGCAAUGGACCAAACCUAAACGCCGUCCCAGCACGCCGCCCGUCCCUCCCCGCUCCCCGCCACCCUCCUCCCCGCUCCAUCCCGCCGUGCCCUCUUCCUCCAGCUCACCCUCCUCUACCUCUCUGCCCCACCACCUACCGCCCAUCUCCUCCUCAGCCUCCCUCUCGCCCUCCCUGCCCCAGCGAGACUCCUCCUCCCCAGAACCGGACUCCACCAAUGAGAGCCUGCCGUUCAUGCACCACAGCAGUAGCCUGGACUCGCGUAUUGAGAUGCUCCUGAAGGAGCAGAAGGCCAAGUUCUCCUUUUUGGCUUCCGAUGAAGAGGAAGAAGAGGGGGAGGACAGGGUGAAGGGAUCAGGAGGCGCAGGAGGUCAGCAAGAUGCAACAGCGCCCGGAGCAGGGGGAAGCACGGCGGAGAGUAGGAGCAGGAAAUCCCGGGAGGAAGGUGGAGAGAGGGAGCGUCAGAGGAGGAGAGGAGAGACAGCGGAGCCACGGAGGAAGGGAGAGAAGGAAAGAGACGGGCGCAGGCACCGCGGUCGCAAGCAGGGAGCUAAUGAAGGAGAGGAGGGGAGGAAGAGCCCCACGGUGAUCGCUGUGGCAACCCCUUCUUCAUUGACCGCUCCAAGCGCUUCCAUGGAGUCAGCGCAGGUCCAGAGUGGCCUCCCCAAUUCCUACGGGCAGGAAGAGCCUGCUGACAGCCAGAAGAAAGGGGCACGCACGCCACCCACUUACAAUGGACAAGCCCAGGCCUCCCCUAACUCUUCUGGGGAGGACAUGGAGAUCUCCGACGAGGAGGAGGAGAACCCCAUCGCCACGGCCCUGUCUUCCUCCUCAUCCCCGACGGCCUCCUCGCAGUCUGCCCUGCCUCCUCAGACGUCGGACCCCUCCUCCACUCCCCCUCCCAUCUCUGACUCCGCCCAGCACUUCAACUCGACCAUGCCGCCGCCGCCCAUCCACUCCUACACCACGCACCUGCCCCCCCCUCCGGGCUUCUCCCUGCAGCCGCCCCCGGGCAUCCCCCCGCCCCUGUCGCACAUGGAGCUGCACUCGGAGUACCCGCCGCCUCACCACAUGCCCUACGACUACGCCUCCUCCAUGGAGCUGGUGAGCCAGUACAGCGGCGGCGCCCCCAUGUCCUUCCAGAUGCAGACGCAGAUGCUGAGCCGCCUGCACCAGCUGCGCAACACCCCCUCCAACGGCACCGCCGCCCCUCCCCCCGGCGAGGCCCCCCCACCGGGAGCCUCCUACCACCUGCACACAAUGCCCCCGCCCCCGCAACACCACCCCUACAUGGACCAAGAGGGCGCCGCAGGCACCCACUACGACCAAGACCUUCGCUACAUGCCCCCGCACAUGCCCUACGCUUACCCAGACCCCCACACGGGCCAGCUGCCGCCUCCCCACCAUCACACCCUGCCACCCCCACACUCGGCCUGGCCCCCGCACGUCCUUCCCCAGCACUACCCCUCGCACUAUCCACCCCCGCCUUUUGGGACUCUGAGCGGGGCGGAGGGGGAGCAGUACGGGGCGGAGACAGACCCUCAGGUGUCCAUGCUGGGCCAGACCCCGCACGAGGCCACGGUGCAGCUGGUCAUGGCCGCGCUCAUCCAGGAGAUGAAAAACAUCAUGCAGAGGGACCUCAAGCGCAAGAUGGUGGAGAACAUCGCUUUUGGCACCUUCGACGAGUGGUGGGAGCGCAAGGAGAGGAAGGCCAAGCCCUUCCAGACUCCUAUGCGAGGCGUGACUGUGCGGGAGGAGGAGAAGAAAGAGGAGAAGGAGAAGGAGAAGGUCAGCAGCAGGCCACGGGAGCCCCUUAUGUCCCUGGUGGACUGGGCCAAGAGUGGCGGCAUGGAGGGCUUCUCCCUGCGGGGGGCGCUACGACUACCUUCUUUCAAGGUAAAAAGGAAAGAACCGCAGGAACUUGGUGAUGGCGGAGAGAUGAAGAUAAAAAGACCCUCCACACCUCCCGAUGAGGAAGAUGAAGACUCUUACCAGGGCAAAGUUGCCGACGGUGCCGGUGGCCGAGCUGAUGGAGAUAGUCGUGGCUCAGAGCGGGGCGGCAGCAGAAGGGAGAAGAAGAGGACGAAGAGCAGGAAGGGCUUUGACCUGGACAGCGAAGGAGAGGAGACGUCCGAGGGCUCCUCCUCUGACAAGGAGGAUGAGGAAGACAGCGAUAAAGAAGAUGAGUCAGAAGAUGAAGCAGUCAGUGCAGACAGCGACGACGAAAGCCUCUCUUCCUCCUCGGAAAGUUCCUCUUCCUCAUCCCUAUCCUCGUCAUCCUCAUCAGAAGAUGAGGAGGAAGAAGAGGGGGAGAGGCUGAGUCUGGACACCAUGGAUGAGUCUACCAUGGACAGCAUGGCACUGGACUCGGAGAAGGAGAAUGAGAGUGACCGAGCACUUGUCAACCAAUCAGCUGCAGCUGCUGGCUCAGAGAUUAAAUCAGAAGGGACCGCAGAAGGCACUCCUUUACCAAAAGACCAGCGUCCUCCAUCUCCUCCAAUGCCUCCUCCUCGACCGUCUUCCCCAGUUCUUCUCCUUCCCCCACUCAAGAAGCGCCGAAAGACUGUCUCUUUCUCCACGGAAGAAGCCGGGUUCAGAUCCCCACUUUCCCCGUCCCCCUCUGCUGCUGCCUCCCAGUCAGCUCCACUCUUCCCAGUCAAAGCACAACUCCCCGAGUCCUCUCCCACUACCACCGCCGCCACACUCCCUGCAUCCUCUACGAACAAAACCCCCAUGCUCCUACCCUUCGCCUCGCGCCCAGGCGAGGGUAAUGCUCUGUCCCCCUCCCCCGGCCCUGCUGCGGUGCUCACCGUGCCACCUCCGGUGCGUGCGCUGCGGCCUGAAGAGCUCAAAAAAGGCCCAGCCAUACCCUCCCAGCCCCCCGCCAAGCAGCGUCGCGGUGGGGCCAAAGACACCCCCAGACCCGCCCCAGUGUGUCGCACCGUGCAGAACCUUCCGCUGGACCACGCUUCCAUGGUGCGGCUGGCCUACGAGGACCCUGCGCCUCCCAGCCCUGCCCACAAGGGUCGUGCCCGUGGCCGACCCCGCACCUCCAGCUUCUCUGCCCCCUCGCCCGCUCACCCGACGCUUCCAGAGGAAGAGGAGGACGAGGAAGACCGGGAGCAGAGGCUGAGACUCAGGGAGCAGCUGGGGGCCUCCAGCCUGCUGCAGCUGGCCUCGGCCUCUGCCUCCACGCCCGACCUCUCCGUGUUGGCCGACGUGGCCUUCACCCUGGAGCCCGGCGACGCUGGCGCGGCCGACUCUGAGGAGACCGAGACGUCCGACGAGGCAGAGGAGCACAAGCUAGAGGAGGACGACGACUUCCUCUUCUCCCCCCGGCGGACCCUUGCCCCGUCAGCAAUGCACCCCGAGGGCCUACUGGUUCUCACCGAGCACAACUACUUCAGAUCCCCAGCUCCCCUCCCCUCACCUGCCCCUGCAUCUCAGAGAAAGGGCUCCUCCGCCAAGCAGGAGCCAGCCAUGCUCCUGCCCUCCGACCUCAACCACCAUGCCAUCUCGGGCGUGCUGGAGGCCCCAGAGGAGGUCAUCGGGGAUGCCACCAUGACCGACCUCUACGGUCCCCUGGGGCUGCUAUGCGAGGCCGGAGAUGUGACUGAGACGCAGGCAAAGGCGACGAGACUCGCCCCGCCGGGACCAGGGGCCAAACGCAGAGGCUUCAGCGCAGCACGGGAGGCGGAGCUGGAAGCGGUCUUACCAGGAAAGACCAAGAAGAGGAGGAGAAAAGACUCUGAGGACCUGGAACUGGUGCUACCCAAGAAGCAGAAGGAAAAGGAAACCAAAAAGCAGAAAAAGAGGAAGCUGGAGGAUGUGGAGCCAGAAGAGGAUGUGGACGUGGAACAGCUGGAGUCGGGCGAGCUCUCGGACUCCGACCUGUCCAACUCAGACAACGAGCUAUGCGGCCGCUUCGCCGACGGCCAGCCCGAGGAGCUGCGCAAGAGCGAGCGGCUCUUCUUGCAGGACGCGGGCCUGACCCCGUCGUCCCAGCGACGACCCAAGCAACCGCAGCAGCAGCACCAUCUACAUGCACCGCACGACCCUUUGCUGCCGCUGCUGCCACUGGAGCUGCGCACCUUCGACCAGCGCAGCGAGUUCGAGCAGAUGACCAUCCUGUACGACAUUUGGAACUCGGGACUGGACGGCGAGGACAUGCGGCUGCUGAGGAGCACGUACGAGAAGCUGAUCCUGAACGACCAGAGUUCUGACUGGCUCAACGACACCCACUGGGUCCCCCACACUGUUACCAACCUCCCGAGCCCACGGCGCAAGAAGAAGAGUGUGGACGGGCAGCUGAGGGAGCACCUGACCGGCUGUGCCCGCAGCGAGGGCUACUACGCUAUCAGCCGCAAAGAGAAGGACGUCUACCUGGACCUGGACCUGCCCGAGUCCGCUCUGGAGGACUAUGAUGUCACGGGUUCGAACCGGCUGCUCUCCGAGAGGCGCUCAGAGCAGCGACGUCUCCUGAGUGCCAUCGGCACACCAGCAGUCAUGGAUUCUGAUCUCCUUAAGCUCAAUCAGCUCAAAUUCCGGAAGAAGAAGUUACGUUUUGGACGCAGCCGUAUCCACGAAUGGGGUCUGUUUGCCAUGGAGCCCAUUGCAGCGGACGAGAUGGUCAUAGAAUAUGUUGGCCAGAACAUCAGACAGAUGGUGGCUGACAACCGCGAGAAGCGCUACGCUCAAGAGGGCAUUGGCAGUAGCUAUCUAUUCAGAGUUGACCACGACACCAUCAUAGACGCCACCAAGGUUGGAAACUUGGCUCGCUUUAUCAACCACUGCUGCACGCCCAACUGUUACGCGAAGGUGAUCACCAUUGAGUCCCAGAAGAAGAUCGUGAUCUACUCCAAGCAGCCCAUCGGCGUCAACGAGGAGAUCACCUACGACUACAAGUUCCCUAUCGAGGAGAACAAGAUCCCCUGCCUGUGUGGUACGGAAAACUGCCGCGGAACUCUGAACUGAGAGGCCGCAUGGCUAGACGGACCCCAGUGCUCUCACACACACACACACACACACACACACACACACACACCUAUCCCCCCUGCCUGGUUAGCACUGCCUCGCAGCAUUCAGAUCCUACCCUACCCCAUAUUGACACCCCCUUCCCCCUCACCUUCCCACAAAAAAAAGAAGAAAGAAAGAAAAAAGAACACUGCUUCUCAUAUUCAUUGACUACACGCUACCCAGCAGCUGAUUGAACUCUGUGCCGACUGGCUUUCUCCAAAUGUUUAGUGUAGUUGCCCUUCUCCAAGGCAAACCCACAUGCCUACCAACCUCAUGGACUCUUCUAGUGUGCUGCUUUCUCAUUAGCAGCAGAACUUGUAAACACGCGCAGUCACCCACUCAACUCACAGGUGACGUGUGUCUGUGUGUGUGUGAGCAACACAACACACAGAAGGACUCUUUGAGAAUGUCUCGGCACUGUGGUGUUCUCCCGAAGACUGGGCAGUGAACCAGGAGCCGUCUGUUCAACUCAAAUUUCAUCUGAAUUCCAGGUUCUGGAAUUUUCUCUUGCUGCAGUAUUGGAUGAGCGGUGUGUGUGCGUGUGUGCGUGUGUGUGUGCGUGUGUGCGUGCGUGUGUGUGUGUGUGUGUGCGCGUAAAUGAAAGGUUUUCAGAUCCCCAAUGUUCUAAUGCCCUUUUAGAGGUUUUUUUCUCUCUCUUUUUUUUUUUUAAAUGUAUGACAGAGUCUGGAGUUCAUGACCAGGUGUUGUCUGAAAAGAUAAUGCCACAUAUUUCUCUCUCUAGUUCGCUCACACGUUCUGCAGCUCUGUUGCUAUCUGCCUGGACAAUGUUCAUGAUGUCAGCAGAUAUUUUAUUUUUGUCUUUCCUUAAGUGCUUACACCUUCAAGUGCACAGCUGCCAGUAGCCAGAGUGAUCCAUGGCCAGUUGGAAGGCAUAUUGAGCUUCAUCCGAAGUUAGCCGCUUUAAGGAUGCAUUCUCAAAUAAUGGAAGCACUUGGACGUGCUAGGUGUGUUCGUGUUCAGGACAAAGUUUGCGGCGUCGUUCUCAGUUGAGUUAAAGCUUCAGCAUUAUUAGUAUUAUAAUGACUAUACUCCUCAAGGCUUUUAAAGUUUGGCAUGAACUGUGAGAAAAAUACAGUGAAGGUGAACAUGUGCCCCUCUUUGGCUGGUGCGCGUCAUUGGCAGGUUGCCACUGUAUGCAGAUAUUGAUUUUGUUGGCUCUUUUAUUGGUUUUAUUUUUGCAUACUUGUUUUUCAUGGAUAGAACUGCUUCUGUUUUCACUCCAUGCAACUCACUGCUCAACUUGUGAAAUGCCACUGUUGUUUUGUGCAGGAACCAACAAAGUGCAAAACAAACAUCUGCUUUCCCUUUCAAUGCUGAUAUACAGGACAGUGAGAUGACAAGUGCAGUAGAUUUAAUUUUACUUUUUUCUUUUAAACAUGUUUAUUUUACCAGAUUGGUAGCCCUGUCAACAGAGAUAAUCAUUAUAUGGCCUUUUUAAAACAUUGGUGACCAGUUACUAGAAGACAAAAAAAAUCAAAUAAUCCCUUUUAAUGGACCAAGCUGGACCCUCCUCUCCAUUUUACCUUUUAUCCCUGAUUUUAAGUGUGUGUGUUUAUGUGUGUGGGUGUGUUUCAGAGAAUGUGUGCCAGAGAGAACCUGUUUUUCAUUACAGGAGAGGUGAGGUUUUGUGGAUAAGAAUGACAUUUUAAAGAAAUUUCCCUAAAGUCAGGGGACUGGUUGUAUAGAAUUUUGUGCUCACCAAAUCCGACCCAACUUGACCUGACUGGUCAUUCAGGCAGGAGGUAUGGACAGACGGUCUGUCCAUACCUGAUGGAAUCUCUGGGCUCCGGCCAUGUCACUAAGUGUGUCUGAAGUUGGUCGACUGUCAUUGACUUUAAAUGUUUAAAUUUUAUGUUUUAGUUUUUUAUUAUUCUGUCACAUGGUCCCAUUAGCACUCAGUUGCUUUGGCAAGAGGGAACCCUGUAAAAUAUUUGUAGGCACUGCAGCAGCCUUUCAGUACAAACUGACCCUCUGGAGUGAAAGGAAAAAAAGCAUAAAGUCCACGAAAAGUGUGUAAAUAUUGUAGAAGUGUUUGUUUCUCGUAGAAACACACAGGUUCCAGUUUGUAAAUAUGUCCUUCCUUUUUUCCCUACUUUCCCUGAGAGAGAGCGAGAAAAAAAAUCUGUAUAUACCUACUGUUCACGUACCUUAUUUUUAUUGGGGUUUUUGUUUUUCUGUUGUUUUUUUUUUUUUU